GUGCCAUAGACCAGUGCUCUGCAUAAUCGAAUCCGCAGAUUGUUUCUGCGGAGGAAUGUGACAGGCACCUGUGAGGUGAGCCGACACCAGGGGAGAGAUGACCGGGCAGACGGAAGAUGAUAUACCUGAAACAGGAGCAAUCUUCACCUUUGGGAAGAGCAAGUUUGCUGAUAAUGUGCCCAGUAAAUUCUGGCUGAAGAAUGACCAUCCAGAAGAAAUCUCGUGUGGGGGUGAUCACACUGCUGUCGUAACAGGCCAUAGCAGGCUGUUCAUGUUUGGAAGUAAUACCUGCGGUCAGUUAGGACUGGGGUCAGAGAUCAACAUCAACAAGCCCACUGCUGUGAAAGUGUUGAAGACUGAAAAAGUGAAGUUUGCAGCAUGUGGAAGAGACCACACAAUCGUGUGCACAUGGAGUGGGCAGGUUUAUGGUGCUGGCAGUAACCAGGAGGGGCAGCUUGGUUUGGGACACUGUGAUGACACAAACACCUUCCACCUGAUUCAUCCCUUCUCUGACCACGCACCAAUCAAAAUGCUCGCUGCUGGCUGCAAUACCUCAGCUGCUCUGACAGAGGAAGGCAGGCUGUUCAUGUGGGGUGAUAACUCGGUUGGCCAGAUCGGUCUGGGGGCAGAGAGCUACGCCUCAGAGCCUAGAGAGGUGAUGGUGGGGCAGUCAGUGGCCUGGGUGUCCUGUGGAUACCACCACUCAGCGUUCAUCACAGUGAACGGGGACCUCUACACGUUUGGGGAGAGUCAGAACGGAAGGCUGGGUCUAUUCCGUGACCAGCUGGCCAAUCACAGAGUCCCUCAGCAGGUGGAAGGCAUCCAGGAUCCAGUAAUCCAAGUGUCCUGUGGAGGGGAGCACACAGUGGCACUCACAAAGGAGGAUGUGUACACGUUUGGGCGGGGUCAGCAUGGUCAGCUGGGCCACGGGACCUUCCUGUUCGAAGCACAUCUGCCCAAAGCACUGGUCCACUUCCGGAAUGGCAGAGUCAGUCACGUCACCUGUGGAGAGAACCACACUGCUGUGAUCACAGACAGUGGGAUUCUGUACACCUUUGGGGACGGUCGUCAUGGUAAACUAGGACUGGGGGAAGAGAACUUCACCAACCAGUUCAGACCAACACUGUGCCCACGCUUCCUCAAAUACAGUGUCCAGUCAGUGGCAUGUGGCAGCUCUCACAUGCUGGUGCUGGCUAUGCCCAGACCCCCAGAGGUUGAGGAAGUGGUGAUAGAGGAAGAUGAUGUCACAGAGACCAUUCUGGAGACUCUGGAAACCUACACUGAGCUGCUCAUGAUGGAUCCCUCCGUCCUCAUGUCCAACCCACCGACUGCACCUCCUCUCUGGACCCUGUCUGCUAGGGCCCGCCGCAGGGAGAGGGAGUGUUCUCCAGAGCAGUUUGGCCAGAUGUUCCAUAACCUUCCUCCUCUGAUGUCUGGCUUCUUCAACACCUCCCUUCCCGUGUCCAGGAACAUCCGCAUUUCCAGAACACCAUGUAAAGACCCCUCCACCUCCUCACUGUCUUCCAAUCCCUCCUCAAACAACGCCCCCAGUCCCUCUCUGUCACUCAAACCCAGAGGCAAACCCCCUUUAACACCAUCACGGUCACCCCAAUUCACAUUCCCAGACCCUCCCAGCCCUUCACUCUCCUCAAAGUCCAGCCCUAAGAAGAAGAAGCCCACCCCGUCAAAAUCACCAAAAUCUACAUCUAAAGAACCCAGUAGCCCCUCACAGUCCUUCCUAUCCAUGCCUAAACUCAUCCCCGACACCACACUGUCCCCUAAAACCCCCUUUAAAAAGCCCACAGAUUACAACCAAUCCCCCAAAGCGCUGUCUAAGGGGCACCCAAGCCCUUCUCGGAGUCCCACCUCACCACAGACAGACAGGAACGAGGACACAGUGACAGAAGCCCCUGACAGCCUGAUGCUCAUUGAGAAUAUGGAGGAUGAAAAGGGCACGUUGUCAAACCUGGUAUCACUAUCGAGAGGAGAUUCUGGCAAUGAGACUGGGACUACAUCUGCAGAGCAGAAGGAUAAGGGACAUGAAAAGGGUAGGGUUCAUUGGAGAGCUGUGAAGGAGGCAGAGAGGAAGGUUGAACAAACCCUCACCAACAGGAAGGAGGAGCUACCUUCCCAUGAAGCCCUUCCCACCGAGCUCCAGAGAGGUUCCAGUUUGAAUUUGUUGAAGGCAGAGGCCAUGCCCACAAAGAGUCCCAAACCACUAAAGACCCCUCAGACCCCCCAAACCCCAGCCAGGGGCAAGGAGAACAUCACUUUGACAACAGAAAAGGCUGGCCUUAAAGUGAAAACCAGUAAACUAGAGAGCAAUCUUCAAAGCACAGGUAAAGCAGGGUCUAAGCUAAAUACACCUGCAAGGAAACAAAGCAAGUUAUCUAUAUCGAAACCUAGCACUCCUAAACACAGUCAGAUCCAGAUAUCUGUGUCUAAACCCAGCACUCCAAAGCAUGGUCAAAGCAAGCUGUCUGAGGUGAAUAAAGGUACAGAGAUGAAAGGGAAAGGCCCUGUAAAGAUCAGAAUUAAGGAGGCCGAGGCGACCAGCACUCCCAUCAAAACGAAAAGUUUGGAGUCCAAAGACAAGAAAUCAAAAAUUGCAGAGGAAGAUACUAAAACUAUUGAAGUUCAAAAUAAACCACUUCAAGGGGUCAAGUCCGCUCCAGUCAAAGUUAAAGGUAAACAAUUAGAGGUCAAAUUCAUCCCUGUGAAAAGUAACAUUCAAGAGGCCAAAUCCUCUACAGUCAAAGUUAAAGGUAAACCUGUGGAAAAGGAGCCAAUUCCAAGUAAAACUGUGGCUGAAAACACUCCUUUGAAUGUAAAGAGGAUUCCUCAGGAGGUAGUAGAUAAAACAUGUGAAGGUAAAAACACUCCAAUAAAGGGACAAAGGAAGGCAAAAGAGGUGAAUGAACAAAAGACUGGAGAGUCUAUUACUCUCAAAGAGUCAGGGACAACAGAGGGGAAGAAAAUGGCAGUUAAAGAUAAAGGCAAAGUCACAAAAACAAAAAGUGCAACCACUAAAACAAAACAAGUGCCUGAACCUGAAGAGGUUAAAGCUAAAUUGACUGAGUUGAAUGGAACCCUGGUGAAACUGAAAAGCAAGCCAACAGAGGUUUCCAGCCAACCAAUCUUAGUAGAACCUACCACAAAGACCAAAUCACCAUCCGCAUCACUGUCAUUAUCAGAUGCAAUGCCUCAAAAUGCUUGGGAUAAGAAGUCAGCGAAGUCUGAGCUUAGAGAGCCACUGGCUGUCUCACAGGUCAAAGAUAGAGUGGCGGUCCCAGGGGAAGAUACCAUUGGUGAAUCCCAGGAGGGGGAGCCUGGCUGGGGAGGAUUUCUCAGCGAUGCAGCCUCUCUCCUUCCAGCCGUGGGGGUGGCAGGCGUAGCCAUGGGGGUCUUGAGUGAGGCGGUGACAAGUGUGAGGGGGUUUCAGUCAGAGAGUGACACAGCCAAUUCUAUCCCUCCUCGGCGGUCCAGCCGGGUAGAGAGGUACACCAAACAGAGCGCCAUCACCCAGCCUUCCGCCUCCUCCUCUUCAACAUCAGAUCCCAGUGCGGUAGCGCAAAGAAACAGGACCUCCAUCUGCAUCAGUGUUCUCAGGAAUUCUGAUCAGGAAGCAGGGAGCGGGAGUUCUGAGAAGAACCCAGACCCCACAGAGGAUGCUAGUGACGGGUCGGGAGGUCAGGCCGAGGUUGACGACGAUGAGAACACUAGUAGAGGUCAAAGGUCAGAGGAUGAGGAUGAUGAACAUGAAGAUUUCACAAAGAGACAGGGAGAGGAGGAUGACAGGAGUAGUGAGGGUCUGGAAGAAGAAGAGGAGGAAGAGGAUGACCGGAGUAGUAAGGGUCUGGAAGAGAGCAGUGAACAGAACGAAGGGGGAGAAGCAGAAGACAGUGAUUCUGUGGCUAGCAGAGAAGGAGAGGAGGAUAGAGAAGAGAAGAGUGAAGAGAGCCAGGGCGCGGAGGGGGAGGGGGAGGAGAGCAAAGAGAGUGAUUCUGAGGGGACAGGAGAGGGGAGGAGAGCAAAGAGAGUGAUUCUGAGGGGACAGGAGAGGGGAGGAGAGCAAAGAGAGAGAGGGGAGGAGAGCAAAGAGAGUGAUUCUCAGGGGACAGGAGAGGGGGAGGAGAGCAAAGGGAGUGAUUCUGAGGGGACAGGAGAGGGGGAGGAGAGCAAAGGGAGUGAUUCUGAGGCAAGCCUAGAGGAAGAGGGAGAGGAGAAAAGUGAAGAGAGUGAUGGGGAAGGAGAGGAGGGAGAGAGUGGUUCUGGGACAAGUGGAGAGGGGGAAGAGGAGGAUAAGAGUGAAGAAGAGUCCACUGAUGAAGAGAGUGGGGAUGAAAACAAAGAGGACAAGGAGGAGGGUGGUGAUGAAUCAGGAAGUGAGGCUGAGAGCAAGAGUGAGGGAUCAGCAGAAGAGGAGGAAGAUGAACAAGCAGAAGAAGCAGAGAGUGAAGAAAGUAAAGCUACUGAGUCAGGAGAGGAGGAAGGAGAGGGAGAGAGUGGAACAGAUGAGGAAGGAGAGGGAGAGGAUAAGGAAGGUUGUGAAAGUGAAGAAGAGGAGGAGGAGGCAAGUGUAAGUGAGGAGGAGGGAGAAGAGGAUGACGAUGAGGAAAAUGGAGCAGAAAGUGGAGAAGGUGAGGGCAAUGUAGGAGAAGAGGAAGAGGAAGCGGUUGAGGGUGAGGAAGAAGAGGAUGAAAAUGAAGGUGAAGAGGAGAACGGUGAAGUCGAAGAGGGUGAGGAGGAAGAGGAGGGAGGAGAGGAAGAUGAGGAAGAGGAGGAAGAUGCUAGUGGAGAGGAGGAACUUGAAGAUGAAAAAUGUGAGGAAGAGGAGGGAGAAGAAGAAGAUGAGGGGGAAGAAGAAGAUGAUAAAGGAGAAGGGGAAGAGGGAGAAGGGGAAGAGGAGGAAGAUGGUGAAAAACAGGAAGAUGAGAAAGAGGAAAUAGAAGUGAGAGAGGAGGAAGCGAACAAACAAGAAGAGGAAAGGGAGAAGCAAGAGGAGGAAGAGGAGGAAGAAGAAAAAGAUAGACAGGAAGUAGGUGGAAAAGACACAGAGGGAGAGGAGGGUGGAAAAAGGGGGGAGGAGAAGGGAGAUGAAAAAGAAUGGAAAGAAAAUAAAGAAAUUGAUGGUGAAUUAGAAGAAGAAGCUGCAGGGGAACAGAAAGGGGAGAUGGAGGUGGAGGAAACAGGAGAGGAAGAAGAUGAAGAGGAAGGAGAAGAAGAGGAGGAAGAAAGAUAUAUUAAAGAAGAACAAGUUGAGGAAGAAGAGGAUGAGAAAGAUAGUAAAGAAGGAGAAGAGGGGGAGGAGGAAGAAGAUGAGGAGGGAGAGGAAGAGGAGGAAGAACAGGAAGAAGAGGAGGAAGAGAUAAAACCUGCAAAGGGGAAAAAGAAAGGCUCACAAAGCGUACCACCUAAAGCAACUCCCCCCAGCAGGAAAGGGAUUGAAGAUCCCCCGAGGGAGAAACCCAAACCAGCAGCCCGUACCAAACAGAGGACCACAGGGGGAAAACAGGCCAAAAGUACCCAAGAAUCCCAACAGUUCUGGAAUAAUGUCUUACCCCAGUACCUGGAGCUGAAGUGAGACAUUCUGGACCUCAAUGGUUCCAAAUCCUUUAUGGGUCCGAGCCCAAACCUGCCUGAUUACAGUGGCUGGAACGAUUCUGGACCUGAGAAACCUGAGUCAUAAGACAAACACAGUACAGGUGUUUGAGAACCUCUGUGUGGAUGUUUGCUUGUACUUUCUAUUAUGUCACUUAUCCAUAGUUGUGACCCCCCCCCACACACAAAAAAAAUUAGAUGUAUUUAUGUAUUGAGGAAAAAAUUGCACAAACUGUAUCUUUUUAUUCUCAUGAAUACAUAGUUUGUUCUUGUGCACCUAAUAUUGAAUGCCUUGACCUGACUGUUGUAAAAAUGUGAUACAGUAUAUGACCUUUGGCAUAGAUCAUGAGGUAUUAGAGGUAACAUCUUGUCAUUUAGCCUGCCUGACACAAACAGGGCCAAGCAGAUGUCAAUAGUAUUUCUUAGAUAUAUUUAUUUCUUAAAUAUCAUCUCAUGUGUAGUUCAUUGCCAAAACAUCUUUACAAACAACAUUGCUCCAUAUUUUAAAUACAGGCACUCAUACAGCCUGUCCCUGUGAAAAAUCUAUUUGAUUUAAUCAAUACCUAUGCAUAUAAUUUACACAGUAUGUGUGCUGUAAUGUAUUGUAAGGUAAUUCACUGAGUGUACUCAUACACAAAUUAACUGAAUUGUAAUAUGUAAAUAUUUUUCAUAAAAUAAAGAGCAAUUUAGAUAACUUCA